AUCUCCUUCAGAGGCUGCAUCGAAGUCAAGAUCAUCCAAGACAUCUUCUUCAGAGUCGCUAUGCGCCAUAGAUAUAUUAUGAGAUUAGUAUCAAAGUUCAAGCGAAAUGCAUAUGGUGGCCACGUUGUGUAUGGUAGAUGUUAAAGUGGAAUGCACAGGCGGCUAACUCUGUACACGAUCCACGAUCAUGGUCUUAGCGGACCUCGGACGAAAGCUCAAUGCUGCUCUAUCGUCGUUGAAUAGAGCACCCGUUGUCGACGAGAAGGUACUUGACGCAUUACUCAAGGAAGUAUGUGCUGCCCUUCUGGAGUCCGAUGUCAACGUAAAGCUGGUAUCUUCAUUACGACAAAAAGUAAAGGCGAAGGUGAAGGCCUCAUUAGAGAGUGGUGCGGAUAAAGGCAAAGAUGCAAACAGGAAGAACAUCGUGCAGAAGGCUAUCUUCGAUGAGCUUGUGCAGCUUGUAGAUCCUGGCGUGGAGCCAUACAAACCUAAGAAGGGCCAGCCUAAUGUAAUCAUGGCUGUUGGUCUGCAAGGAAAUGGAAAGACUACGACAUGCACAAAGCUAGCUGUCUACUACCAGAAGAGGGGAUUUAAAUCAUGUAUUGUCUGCGCUGAUACCUUCCGAGCUGGUGCUUUUGAUCAGACCCGUCAAUCCGCAACCAAGGCGAAAGUGGCAUACUUUGGUUCUUAUACCGAAACCGAUCCUGUAUCAAUAGCGGCGCAAGGUGUUGCCAAGUUCAAGAAGGAACGCUUCGAUGUCAUUAUUGUUGAUACCUCCGGUCGACAUAAACAGGAAUCGGAACUCUUCGAGGAAAUGAUUCAAAUUGGGGAAGCUGUAAAGCCAAAUAUGACAGUGUUGAUUCUCGAUGCUAGUAUCGGUCAGGCGGCUGAAGCGCAGAGUCGUGCAUUCAAAGAGAGUGCAGACUUCGGAGCGAUCAUUGUCACUAAGAUGGACGGACAUGCAAAGGGAGGAGGUGCUAUCUCUGCAGUUGCUGCAACAAAAACUCCAAUCAUCUUCCUGGGUGUCGGCGAACAUCUACAUGACCUCGAUAAAUUCUCACCGCAGCCCUUCAUCUCCAAACUUCUGGGCCUCGGAGAUGUUCAAGGGCUGAUGGAGCAUAUGCAAGACAUUGCGACGCAGAAUCCCGAUAAACAGAAGGAGAUGGCGAAGAAACUUGAAGAAGGCAAGCUCAGUAUUCGUGAUUGGCGUGAACAGAUACAAAACGUCAUGAACAUGGGACCAUUGUCCAAAAUUGCUUCCAUGAUCCCCGGUCUUCCACAAGAGCUGAUCCAAGGUUCCGACGAGGAAGGCGGAGCACGCAUGAAACGCAUGCUAUACAUUACGGACAGUAUGACUGCCAGCGAGCUGGACUCAGAUGGUUCACCGUUCAUGGAGGUUGGCAAAGACGGCAAACCCACAAGCUUAACAUGGCGAGUUACUCGAGUUGCGAAAGGUAGCGGGACCAGUGUUCGUGAGGUCGAAGAGCUGCUCUGUCAAUAUCGCAUGAUGGCAAAUAUGGCGAAGCAAGCAGGAGGCAAGAACGGCUGGUUACAAGCUAUUCAGAAGAUGCAAUCCGCCGCUGGUGGAAGAGGUCGCGGCGCAAACGGUAUGCCCACACCAGCCCAAAUUCAGGCUAUGCAGCGCGCGAUGCCUCCCGGCAUGCUUCAACAACUUCAGCGACAAAUGCGUGGAGGUGGCGGUAUGCAGGAGAUGAUGAAGGCAAUGAUGCAAGGUCAAGGUGGCGAUCAAAUGGACAUGGAGGAGAUGCAGCGUACGUGUCUCUCACAGCUCACAAGCAUUAUCUUGUCCCUUACAUCUAUCGUUUCAGGCAUGAUGGCACAGAUGGGCAAUGGUAUGGGUGGACUUGGUGGAUUAGGCGGCCUUGGUGGGUUGGGUGGACUGGGUGGUGGUAUGCCUGGUAUGCCCGGCAUGCCCAACAUGCAGGAUAUGUUCAAGAUGAUGGGCAUGGGAGGAGGGGCCGGUGGAGGACGAUAGUACUUCCUCCUCCAUAUACAUUGUAGCGAUCUUCUUGUAUUAUACCGAUUCUACCUUAUACUCUUGGAUGCAUAUGUAUUGUAAUUCCCUCGCACAUGAGGUCGAUACCUACCAUUCGAAGUCCGCCUGUACUCUUAGUCGCAGGUCCUUAUAAUGCCACCAUUCAUGACGCAUAAGGCUUUGAAGCAUGACUACUUGAGUAAUGCAAGUUUGCGUUU